AUGACCCCGUUGCUUUCCCCGUGCCACCUCGCCUCCCGGGCCCCUCGCCCACCUGCCCACGCUGGCACCAGCACCCCUCCAUUGCCCGCCCUGCCUCCCGCCCUGCCCGGCCCCCCGGCCCUGCCCCAGGGCACCGCCUGCCCCUCGCCCACCAGCCUGGCCCUGGACGGAGAACCCCAAAGGGCCGGGCCUGGAUCCUUCCCCUGGGGCAGCAGCAGGUCCCGCCUGGCCGCCCGGUCCCUGGGCCGGUUCCUGAGGAGGGGCUGCUGGACCUCGCCCACUGUGGCCGCGCUCUCGCCCCGCUGCCCGGCCGUACCCCACGGGAAGGUGCAACCGCUGGGAGAGCGGGAGUGGCGGCUGCGCCCGGACGCCAAGGCGGUCAGCAGCUUCUUCCAAGUCAGAGCGGACGCGCCUUCGGAGAGCCGAGCGUGCCCCCGGGGCUCCGAGGAGGGGGAGGACGGACACCCCCGGGCUCGGAAGGACUCUGCAAAGGAGCUCAUCUGCCCCUGGGAGACCCCCACGGAGGAGGGGAGAGCGGGGUAACAAGCAGCCCCGGCGUGGAUGCUCUUUCCAGGCCUGAGACAGCAGCGGCUCAGCACGUGGACCAUGUGGGAGAACUACCUGAGAGCCAUCCCUCAGCACUGGGGACAACUCAGACCACCACAGCGACGGACAACAGCCCCUGCAGUGCCCAUUUGCCAUCCAAGAACUCAAAAGUGUUUCUGGACUGGUUUUGUUCCCUACCUUUGGUAUAUCCAGCUCUGUUCGUGACAGACUUCUCGAUAAAUGAACCUCUUUCCUGGCCUUGGAGCAGAUGGAGAGUGCAUGUGUGUGUGAAUGUCCUGGAAACGGUGUCUUACUGGAGUUUCUUGCUUGGCCAUGAGGUGUCAGCACACUGAACACAGCACAGCUGGAGCAGGGCUGGCGGGGGUUUUUCACAGCAGGACUCAGGCUGCAGUGCCAAGAUUGGGGCGUGUUUGUGUCCCCAGCCUGGGACCACCUCUUAUUAAUAACAGUGUUUUAAUUUGAAAGCAAGUUGGUUAAGAUGCAGAUGGUUGCUGGGGAAAAUAAAGUGCCCCCUCAUCAGAAGCGGUGUGGCACAGCAUCAUUCCUUCAUCCAAACCAAAACUGAUCCCAGAGGGAAAGGAGUGGAGGGGGAGAGCGGAGGCUCCAGAGCCCUCCCUGCACUAGCUUCAGCUUCCCAGUGCAUGGGUUUGAAACCACAGCUUGAACUGCAUCCCAGAAACACCUUGGGAAGAUCCAAACCAAAUUUUGGGACCCUCCAAACUCAGAUUGAUGCGUUGCCACAACCUGUACCUGUGCUGAUACCAGGAGUGUUAGACCAUUGCCUUCCUCAUGUCUUGUGUUGUUUGAAGGUGGUGUUUCAAUCAUGUGGAGGAGUUUCCUCGCUCUGUGUGCUGUGGGUCCCUGUUCUGUAACUUGGCCAUGAUGUUGCUGUUUUGUACUUUCUGAUCAUAAAUGGAGCUUUACCUGUGUGGCUGACGUGGUUCCUCACUCCUGCCGUGGGAUUUGAAUCUCUCCUCACACGUGCUCAGUGUUCCCCAUUUCCCCCAGGGCUUGGGGUGACCCUUCUGGUCACAGGGCAGUUUGGGAAGAUCAAGGGGCUGUUUCUGUCUCCAAAGACUCCUUCCCAGGGGAGCUGAGGGUUGGGCACGAGGCUGAUGCCCCACACUGGCCGGGAUGCUUCUCUAGUAGAAAUGCACAUUGGCUUUCGCUGGCUUUGCUCCGUCAGAGGGACCUGGUCCUGCUCCACAGUCAUUGGUGGUGACACCUAUUAUUGAUGGCACAAAUGUCGUGGUUUUUGAGGGUGUUUUUUGUUAAUAUUGUUACUCAGCCACUCCUAAUGGGGCACUGACAACAUAUGAUCCAGGAAGCAUGACAGGAGGACAUUGUGACAUGUCACAGUUACUAAUAUGAUAUUUAAUGUACUUAGGACAAGAGCCAUCCUACUGUUAAUAUUUCUCUCAUUGGUUUGGGGCUCCUCUUGGGAACCUCCUUGUGUUCUACUCCUCAUGUUCAUCUCCUACACCAGAGGAAGGACUUCAGGAUCCAAAAAUGCUGCUCUGUCAGGGCUGGGAUGCAGUGACACCCAGACAGACAGG